GGCUCUUAUUCGGCCAACUUGACUAACGAGAAUGUUUUUUACACCACCAACAUUACUGUUGGAUCCGAAAAGAAACAAAUUCUCGUUGACCUUGAUACUGGAAGCUCCGAUUUGUGGGUUUUGUCAGCUAAUGGUACUGAUGGAUUUGCUUCCGACACUGCAGAAUUGCAAUCCAAUGGAUACUUGGAUGCUGAAAAGUCAACUUCUUUGAAGACGGAUAAUAACGAGUUUUUUAUUACCUACGGUGAUAAUACUUUUGCCUAUGGGGAGUAUGUAACCGAUAGCAUUGCAAUUCCAAAUGGUCCAAGUAUUGAUGUUGAGUUUGGUUUGGCUUUCACUACAGUUAACCCAUUCGGAAUUUUUGGUAUUGGUUUCGAUCUGAAUGAAGCUGGAUUUUCCUCCGGUGCUGCUCCGAUUUACAACAACUACCCAGCUACCUUGAAGAAGAAUGGUUUAAUCGGAAAGAAUGCUUAUUCUUUGUAUUUGAACUCUCCUAAUGCCACGACUGGUUCAGUGAUCUUUGGUGGUUACGAUACCAAGAAGGUUGACGGUUCAUUUGCUACCCUUCAGACCGUGAACGACCAGGUAUUGGCUAUCAAUGUUGACAGUGUCACUGUUGGAGACAAUGAGAUCCAAUACGGUUCUCCAGCUCUUUUGGAUAGUGGUACUACCAUCACUUACUUGCCAAGAAACGUCUACCAAGGUAUCAUUCAGAAUCUUCCAGGUAGUAACACACCCUAUGGAUGGAGAAUUACCACAGAUGAAGCACAAGGACAUGACAUCACUUACAAGUUUAAUGAUGUCACAGUCAAAGUUCCUGUUUCAAGCUUGGUUGGACCUACCUACGAUGACCAAGGGAAGUUGCUCGACUACACCUCCUUGCAGGUUUCGAUAGGUGGAAGCAUCUUGGGUGACAAUUUCUUGAGAUACGCUUAUGUGAUCUUUAACUUGGAUGACCAGAAGAUUAGUGUUGCUCAAGCCAAGUUCACCGAUGACUCUGAUAUUCAGGCUAUU